GAACUACAAAAAUCAAUAAAUUCACUAGAUGUUGACAAAUGAAAAAAUAAAUGUACUAAUAAAUUUGCGCAUUUAAUAACUUCUACUUUGUUUUGAAAUUCACGUUCGACCUGAUUGGUUAAUUAAAUGUCACUCUACCCAUGGAAUAGGGUUUCCGCAGCUUAAUUUGGUAUGGGUGACAGAAUUCGCUAUUCCUGCGAAGGUGUAGGAGACUUGCAAUUCAGCGACCCAAAACCACAAAUGAGUGAAGUGACCAAUUCGCCGUUAGCUUAUGGUUGACAACUUUGAGUGAUGUCGCAGAUAAAGUUGGUUUGUCAUAAAAUCUUCUAACAAUUUUUCUGCGAGUCUUCAAGUUUAUUGAACAAUUUACGUCGUACUCCGAUAUAAUGUCUGCCAUCUUUAAUUUUCAGAGUCUACUCACAGUAAUAUUAUUGCUGAUAUGUACCUGUACCUAUAUCAGAUCACUAGUACCAAACUUAUUUGAUAAACGCUUAGGAAAAGUUGGAUUUCAGGGUACUUUUUGGAAAUGUGCUAGGAUUGGUGAAAGAAAAAGUCCAUAUGUGUCUGCUUGUUGUAUAUUUAUGGCCUUUAGCAUUUUAUUUUGGUCGUAACAUUCCCACAAUAUUUCGUCUACUUAACCAAAAAUGUGGUACAUUAUGCAUAUUUCAUUUUACCUCGUAAUGUAUUUAUGUAUGAAGGAUAGAAGUGAGAAUAAAAAGCAAUUUUGAUAUUCAUCAAACGA